AUGGCCGCCACCCGGCAAUCGUCGGCCGGCGCGGGCCAGACACGCCUGCUGAAGUUCCCGUGGGCGUUCAAUCAGGUGCUGUCGGCCGUCCCGGACGAGCCCGAGCUGGCCCACCGCUUCGUGGCGGGGCACGUACAGAUGUCCAACCCCGCGGGCCCGUAG